AUGAAUAACAAAACAAGUGGCUUUUUAUGGAACCUCAGACAAUUCAGUACUUUAAUUCCAACAAGCAGGAGAAGAAUUGUGAAGCUAGUAGAUCCUUUGGGAUUUUGCAGACCAAAAAUUGUUUAUCCAAACUGGAACCCAAGAAAACUUUUCCCAAAGGACUUUGAUGAUAGAAUGCAACCAUCUGUUAGAUAUCUCUUUCAAAAUGCCCUGAUUUUUAAAUCAAGAGAUCAUUGCUUUCAAACAGAGGACAUAAGCUCUGUAACAGUUUCUACAGUUGACAGAUUACUUUGCCCUAGAAGACUGUCCUCUGACUCAAAACACUCUUCUGUGUCUGUUAGUACAUCUGAUGAUGGAUUAAAGAAAAACUUUCCCCAGGAGGUCUCCAAUGAUGAUGUUCUUAUCAAGGACGCAAAACCAUCCUCUGGAAAACUAUUUCAGGAGUAUAAUUCCUUGAGUGAUGUAUUAGAUGUGUUUUCAAAAGCACCUACGUUUCCUAGUAGUAACUAUUUUGUAGCAAUGUGGAAAAUUGCCAAAAGGAUGUCUGAAGACCAGAAAUGCUUUGAAAAACAACUGAUGUUUAGCCACCCUGCAUUUAAGCAACUGUGUGAACAAAUGAUGAGAGAAGCCAAGAUAAUGCACUGUGACCAUCUGCUGUUCAGCCUUCAUGCUAUGGUGAAACUUGGAAUCCCUCAGAAUACUCUGCUGGUACAGACUUUGCUGAGGGUGGUCCAGGAACGUAUCAACGAGUGUGAUGAGAAAUGUCUUUCAGUUUUGUCAACUCUUUUAGAAGCAAUGGAGCCAUGCAAGAAUGUGGACGUUCUUCGGGCAGGGUUGCGGAUACUAGUUGAUCAGCAAGUUUGGAAAAUAGAACAUGUCUUCACAUUGCAAAGUAUGAUGAAGUGUAUUGGAAAAGAUGCACCAAUUGCUCUUAAAAAGAAACUGGAGAUGAAAGCCUUGAGAGAAUUAGACAGAUUUUCAGUUUUGAAUAGCCAGCACAUGUUUGAGGUACUAGCUGCCAUGAAUCACCGUUCUCUUGUACUCUUGAAUGAAUGCAGCAAGAUGGUUAUAGAUAAUAUCCAUGGAUGUCCUUUUAAGAUGCUACACAGUAUAUUGCAGUCCUGCAAAGACCUGCGAUACCGUAAUAUAAAUCUCUUCAAGGGAAUAGCUGAUUAUGUGGCGACAACUUUUGACAUCUGGAAGUUGAAAAAAGUUCUCUUACUCCUGAUUUUAUUUGAAACCUUUGGCUUUCGACAUACUGGUUUGCUGGACUUGUUUAUGAAGAAAGUGGUAGAUGAACCCAAAUUCCUAGAUGUGAAAAGCACAGUUGCUGUUCUCCAUGUGUAUUCUUCUCUCAAUCACUUCAACAGAUGCCACAACAAAGAGUUCCUAGACAUUAUGGCUGCUGUUCUGACUGGCUACCUUUACCAGAUCUCUUCUGAAAACCUGUUGAAUGCUGUGUGCUCUUUAUGCUUGAUGAACUAUUUUCCCCUAGCAGCUGUUAAUCAGCUUCUCCAAAAAGACAUCAUUAGUGAGCUGCUGACAUCAGGUAAUGUAGAAAGGAAUGUUUUCAAGCUUCGUCUUUUGGAUACUUGUCUAGAACUUGAUGAUACUCCUUAUCACAAGUCCACAGACAUAUCACUGCCACCAGUACCAGCAGCACCCGCACAUCCACAUGCAAAAGUUGAAGAGGUGCUAAGUAGCCUUCUGGGAGGUGAAGGAUACUUCUCAAAAAAUGUUCACUUGCCACAUAAUUAUCAUAUCGAUUUUGAAAUUAGAAUGGAUACUAACAGGAGUCAAGUGCUUCCAUUUUCUGAUGUGGAUAUGGUAUCGUCUGCUGCUGAUACUCAGAGAGUAGCUAUCCUGUGUGUUCGUAGAUCUAGUUAUUGUUUGGAUUCAACCCACCCCAGAGGAUUACUUGCCAUGAAGAUGCGACAUUUGAAUGUAAUGGGCUUUCAUGUGAUCUUGGUCAAUACUUGGGAAAUUGAAAAACUAGAGAUGGAAGAUGCAGUCACAUUUUUGAAGACUAAAAUCUAUUCAACCGAAGCCCUUCAUACUGCGGAUGUAGAUUUGCAAAGCACAUAUUAA